AUGACAUCUCCACCCCGCUGGUUCACAGCCCUCUCCAAAGUGCUCAACGAGCACGACAAAUCCAGCUUGUAUCAGCUUGCGACAGUCGACUCAUCCAACAAGCCCCACGUCCGCUCUCACAUCCAUCGAGGCUUCCUCGUCCCUCCCUCUCUUCCCGCCCUCCUGCUGCUGCUCACCAACACCGACAGCCGCACUGAGAAGACGACUCAGAUUGCCUACUCCGAUGCCGUCGAGCUGGCAUGGUGGAUCGGCGGUAGCUCAGACCAGUUCCGCAUCUCUGGGCGCGCACGUGUGGUCUCAGCCCCCGAGCGUGGCUCUAGAGGAGUCCCCGCCCAUGACAAAGAAUGCUCCGCAAUCGCAUCCCUAGACGCGGUAUCUUUCGACUGGGAAGCAAAGCGGCGAGAAGCCUUCAACGCGAUCAGCGAGCGCAUGCGUGCGAGCUUCUGUCAUCCGGAGCCUGGAGGAUAUGGCGACGCAGAAAACUGGGUGAGCACUGUCAAGAAGCAACAAGACGCGCAGACGGACGAAGAGAAGAAGAAUACAGAGGUAGCGUUGAGCAAUUUCGCCCUUGUCGUCAUCGAGCCAUUCGAGGUCGAUUGGGUGCAAAUGGGGAUUGUGCCUAACCAGAGGACGAGAUUCUGGAGGGAGGGCAACGCAUGGAAGGACCAAGCUGUAGCACGUAAAGCGGAGCGGCUGUGA